AUUGCGCUUGGCAAGCAGAGACACGAAUGCCCGAUCCGGCUGAGGAGGAAAGAGACUAAAAGCCGGUUGCACAUUUUGGAGUCGCAUAUUAGACACUUCUAGAAUCUUUUUGAACUUUGACCCAAGGCAACAAUCUUAGUGUAUCUCAGGCUCUGCCUGACCCUUCAUCCUUCAGUCCCCUCCAGCUUCUCAGCAGACGUGCGUCUGAACAUGGACCUCAGUGCCGUUCUCUUGUUUCCAGUACAUGCAGUAGUGUGGCUCUACUCCCUCUUGAGCUUUCUGCCAUGGUACUUUCUGACAGGAGCCCAGGAAAAGAAAGCCUUGGCAAAGAGGCUCAAAUCCAAGUCAACCAGCGAUCAACCGGAUGGACCAUAUCGCUCCACGGAUCGCUUCGAGUCCCUGGUCACAGUGGACUUCCCCGGAAAAGACACCCUUGAUAAGCUGUUUGACUAUGCAGUAGAGCGUUUUGGUAAAUUAGACUGCCUUGGAACCCGAGAAGUUCUGAGUGAAGACAAUGAGACUCAGCCAAAUGGAAAAGUCUUCAAAAAGUUGAUUCUUGGUGAAUAUAAAUGGAAGUCCUAUGAGGAGUUAGACAUUGAAGUCAGUCAUUUUGGGAGCGGACUGGCAGCACUAGGACAACAGCCAAAAAGCACCAUUGCCAUUUUCUGUGAGACGCGGGCUGAAUGGAUGAUCACCGCUCAAGCCUGCUUCAGACGCAACUUCCCCUUGGUCACCUUUUAUGCGACUCUUGGAGAAGACGCAGUGGCUUAUGGAUUGAAUGAGUCUGGAGUUACACACCUGGUCACCAGUAUAGAAUUGCUGGAAACAAAACUAAAGAGUGUUCUUCUUCAAAUUCCCAAUUUAAAGCACAUCAUCUACGUGGACAAUAAGAGCAUGAACACAGCAGGAUUUCCACAGGGCAUCCAGAUCCACAGCAUGCACUCAGUUGAAGAGCUGGGAGCCAAGCCAGAAAACUUGAAUAGACCAAUAGUGAAGCCCGUCCCAUCAGAUCUUGCUGUUAUUAUGUACACCAGCGGCUCCACCGGGAGACCUAAAGGGGUGAUGAUCAUCCACAGUAACCUGAUUGGAGGCAUGGCAGGCCAGUGUGAGAGGAUACCUGGGUUGGGACCGAAGGAUACAUAUAUUGCUUAUCUUCCUCUUGCUCAUGUGCUGGAAAUGACGGCUGAGAUCUCAUGUGUGACAUACGGCUGCAGAAUCGGCUAUUCUUCACCACAAACCCUGUCUGAUCAGUCAACCAAAAUUAAAAAGGGAAGUAAAGGGGACUGCAGCGUACUGAAACCUUCCCUUAUGGCCGCUGUACCUGAAAUAAUGGACCGCAUCAAUAAAAACGUGAUGAGUAAAGUGCAAGAGAUGAGCUGUGUGCAGAGAACCUUGUUCAAGCUGGCCUACGACUAUAAGCUCGAGCAGAUCAAGAAGGGUUAUGAUGCGCCGCUCUGCAAUAUCUUGUUUAAGAAAGUCCGAGCUCUGCUGGGUGGAAAUGUGCGAAUGAUGUUGUCUGGAGGAGCUCCUCUGUCUCCUGCUACUCAGCGCUUCAUGAACAUCUGUUUCUGCUGUCCUGUUGGUCAGGGAUAUGGUUUAACGGAGACCUGUGGAGCAGGCACUAUAACCGAAGUUGCAGACUACAGCACAGGACGAGUAGGAGCUCCUCUGAUCUGCUGCGAGGUCAAACUCAAAGACUGGGUAGAAGGUGGUUAUACAAAGCGUGACAAGCCUCAUCCGCGUGGCGAGAUCCUCAUCGGUGGUCCUAAUGUGACUAUGGGCUACUACAGGACUGAAGGCUGUAAUAAUGACGACUUCUUUGUCGAUCAGAAUGGCCAGCGGUGGUUCUGCACUGGCGAUAUAGGAGAGAUGCACGCUGACGGCUGUCUACAGAUUGUUGACCGCAAGAAGGAUCUUGUAAAACUUCAAGCUGGAGAGUACGUCUCUUUGGGCAAAGUUGAGUCAGCGCUGAAGAACUGCUCUUUCGUUGACAACAUCUGCGCUUACGCAAACAGUGACCAGAACUACGUUAUCAGCUUCAUUGUUCCUAAUCAGAAGAAACUGACAGCUCUUGCCAAUCAGAAAGGCAUUGAAGGCACGUGGGAAGAAAUCUGUAACCACCCAGUUAUGGAAAGGGAAGUUCUGAGAGAAAUUAAAGAAGUCGCAAAUUCAAUUAAACUCCAGCGCUUCGAGAUUCCUGUUAUGGUCCAUUUGAGUCCGGAGCCGUGGACACCUGAAACCGGCCUGGUGACAGAUGCAUUCAAACUGAAGAGGAAAGAGCUAAAGAACCACUAUCUCAACGACAUCGAAAGAAUGUAUGGCCACAAGUAGGACCUCUAUAACAGCAGCCAAAGACAUCUUCAUCAGCUCCUCGCCAUGCAACAUUGCUGUAUAUCAAUAAAUGUAAAACAAACAUUUGCCACAAUUUUCACCACCGCCCACUGCUUAGUGACGCACACAGCUCUCAAUUGCUGUUGAUCUGUGUACAUUUUUUACUCCUGAGCAUUGUGGGCUUUGUAGUCUCUCUGCUGUGAAAUAGUUUACAAUUAAAGUUGUAGCUGAUUAGAUGGGGAUGUUGUUGGGUAAGGGAUGAUUUUAAUGAGUUGUUUCUCCUUUUAGCACACUCUUGUAAAAAGAACUUCAACCAUACAACAGCGAUGUACUGCCAUCACCUGUGCUCAUUUCAAUACGUGUGAAUCUUUCGUUCACUUGCUUUGUUUGAUAGCAUUUGUACACUGAAUCCGCUAGCCGAGGUGAAGUCUUUGCACUGCAAAACUAAUAUAUAGUGAUGUUUCUGUGCCUUCUGAUUGGUCACUGUAUUAAACGUUAAUUCCCUACUGACUAUAAGUUAGAAGUAGAUUCCUGUGCUUCACCCAUGCAGUGCAUUAAUAGUCGUUAUUUACUUGAGAUUUCUUUUUAAAGCAAGUUUUUCUCACUGGACUACAAUGUUCUGAGUUCUAGUUUUAGGAAUUCACACAUUUACUAGUCAGUCUUACUCUUACUCAUGGAGUGACUCAGGAUGUUUCAGAUGACUGGCAGGUGGUUUGUUUGCUAGUAUUUUAGAUGUUAGUUAGAUUGAAAUUGAAUGAAGGGAACAUUUUUUUAUGAACAAAUUCCUUCUUAAGCCACAGAUGUAAAGUUUGUAUUACAUCUGUCUAAUCUCUUCACGUCUGAUCUUUUUUAAAAACCACUCAGUUUAGCGAUUGUCACAAGCUUUUUUUUGUUGAAUAUUCCACUUUUGCAGGCUUUUAAUAAUAUUUGGUAAUACGUCAACAUGUCAGAUUGCAAUGCUUUGUGUAUGAAGUUGAAAAGACAGGAAAAAAAAGUAAUUGUUUGAAAAAAGAAACAUUAGAAAAUGAAUUUUUCUCCCUCUAUAAAUAUAAAGCAAGUGAGGUUGAGCUUUUGUCCGUCAGUUUAUAUUGUAUACUGUAUUUUAAUUUAUUUGGUCAAAACUACAUUUCAUUUGAACCCUUGUUUAAUUUAUUUGAUUCUAAAGGGGUGUGAUCUGUAUAAACACUGUAAUUUCUUACAUUUUGGAUUACCAAAUGUUUCAUUCUGGGAUGUGCGUUUUAUUUAUGAUGAUUUUGUCAUUUGCACUAUUAUUUGUGUUCAGGGAUUUUUAGCCAUUGUUAAAUUAACAGCCAUCAAAUUCAACCAAUUCAGCAGAUAUUUUCCCCUCAAGACCCUCAGGGUUACCGUCACCAUAAGCAAGAAUAUACAGCAGUCAAGUGUUUGCGUUGAGAAAUUGUGAAUUUGCUUGUAGAAUGUUCUAUGAUGCUUAUUUAUUAUUUUUAUUGUGUGUUGCUGUAUGUAUUAUGUGCUGAGGACAAGUAAAAUCAUUUUGUACUCAAA